UUCCCAAUAUUAUUAAUAAAAAAGCUAAGUAGUAGUAUACGAAUCUAUAUCGAUUACCAUUCCCGAGGUAUUAAUAAUACAAUUUUAAAGAUAUAUUACCCCCUUCUAUUAAUUAAAAGAAUACUAAAUGCUAUCUAUAAAGUAAAAAUCUUUACUAAACUAAAUAUAUUUAUAGCAUUUAACCGAAUACGAAUUUAUGAAAGAUACAAAUAG